AUCCACCUAUUCACCCCCCUCCUCCGCCUCCUCCUCCUCCUCUCUGGCAUUUUGUGCAGCGGAGGAGGAAAGGAGGAGAGACUGCUGAGUAGGAGACAGAGGGGACCCUGAGACAACACGUCCCACGCCAGAGCCAGACAGCCAGGGAACUUUGAUUUGACGCCAAGUAGCCUGCGAUGAAAAUGACGAUGAAGAGAAAGAGCCACGUUUCUUGUUCUGCUUCUUCUUCUUCUUCUUGGGAGGUUUAGAUGUGUCGGGCGUGUGCAACAUAUGAUGUCCUUGGACUCAUGUGCUCAAUGAAGAUUCCUUUAUCUCUGAUUUUGCUGCUGAAUUCGCUGAUGGUGCCGCGUCGUUGUGCCCGCACUUAGGUCAGCCGAAUGAAUGUGAAGGCAGUCUGAGCGCAUUGUUUCCAAGCUCCGUUGCAUAUGGGAUUUCCAGCCGUGAUGUCUGCAAUAUUUCGCUCUUUGUUUCUGGUUCUUUUCAGCCUGCUCUCAGUGGGUGCCCAGACGGAGAUGAAGAAGGUUGUUGGGGACAAUGCCACCUUACCAUGCCACCACCAGUUCCCGUCAUCCAACUCUCUUGACAUCGAGUGGCUACUGCAGAAACCAAACUCCAAACAGAGAGUGAUCAUUACCUUCUUCGGGGGCCAAGUGUACACCAAUGAGGCAACGGGCAGCGAGGCCAGCCGCCUGUCCUUUGCUGGGGAGUACCUCGGUGGAGACGCCUCCCUGCUGAUCAGUGACCUUCUGCUGACCGACUCCGGGGAAUACUACUGUAAAGUCAAGACUGGGGGGAAGUACCACUGGAGCCAGGUCAACCUCAUUGUGCUGGUCAAGCCUUCCAAGCCGAGGUGCUGGAUGGACGGCAAACUCCUGGAGGGCAGUGACGUCAAGCUGAGCUGUAAGUCCAGCGAUGGGUCAGACCCCAUCAGCUACAAGUGGGAGCGAGUGCUGGACAAAGGCAAGAGUCUGGGCAAAUUGCCAAACCUGGCACUGAUAGAUCUCAAGAACCCAGAGAUUGUGACCCUUAGGAAUCUCACCAUGGACAGCACAGGCGUCUACAGGUGCACGGCGAGCAAUGAUGUGGGAGAAGAAAACUGCACAAUUGAGGUCACAAUGCAGCAUGUGAGGGAUGUAGGUAUGGUAGCAGGUGCAGUGGUGGGUAUAUCCCUCGGUGUCCUCAUUGUCAUAUUAAUCAUCUGGCUCGUCUUCCGGAAGAAAGAGAAAAAGAAGUACGAGGAGGAGGAGACUCCAAAUGAGAUCAGGGAGGAUGCGGAGGCUCCGAAGGCCAAGCUAGUGAAGCCCAACUCCCUGUCCUCGUCCCGCUCCGGCAGCUCGCGCUCCGGAGCCUCCUCCACCCAGUCUAUGGUGCACAACAGCGCCCAGCGCGGUCACCGCCCCCGCCCGCCUGCUGUAGCAGCUCUCAAGGAAAACGGACAGCCUCCAGGCUUCCCCCAGUCCCCUCCAGCCUACACUACAGUGGUGCCCCCCAAGACCCCCGAGCCCCCUACCACUCCCAAAUUCAACUCUAGGAACAUGUCUGGGCCCACACCCCCAACCCUCAUGGUCCCUGCCCAGACCAAGGCCUUUCAGACUGUGUAGGACUGAAAGCCAAGCCCUUCCUGCAGCCAUGUGAGACUCCCAUCCCUGCCCAAGCCCCCUAGCCCCCUCCUAAAGACUCUUCCAUAAACAAAGAAAUGCAACUAGUUAAAAGGAUGUAAUUAAAAGAAUCAAUACUAUUAAGUCCAAAACUUUUAAUGAAUGCAUACUUAAAAAGGGAAAAUACGACAUGCUUGCCCCCUACUGAAUUACAUAAAACAAACAAAAUAAAAGAAAAAACAAGACCCUAGAUGCAACUGUUUGUGUCUCAUGGGUAAAGGCAGAACUUAUUUUCUGAGUUCCUUCUUUUGGCUUUGGAAGGCACAGGAAAGCACCAUGUGCAGCGAGGUGGAAGGAGCCCCCUAGUAGAGCUUUUAUUUAUUUAUCAAAUCAAACAGUUAGGCAUGCAGCAGAGAAAAAGAGAGGAAAAAACGGAAGGCUGGAUAAUAAAGUAAAUCCAAACCCUGAGCCAGAUACCAAUGGAGUUAUAUAGCUAUUGAGCUUCACUUGUCAACAAAUUCAAGAUGGAUCCGAGCAGGGAGAAAGCACGGAGGAAGAAAGUGCAGGAACGUCAGACAGCUACAGAUUUUUUUUUUUUCUCUGGGCGGAGGGGACUGGGGGACAUGUGGUGAUUCUGUGAUUCAUGUCACCCUGCACCUCCGAUUCGCUGCUUCCAGCACCUGCUCUGAAACCACAAAACCCUUUGCCUCCCAUGGGCUGGGCCGAUUGUGCCCAUCCAUGUGGACAGACACAGUGUGCGGCAUGUGCAUCAUCUGCCUCAGUGCUCUCGGUCUUUUUCGUGCUCUCAUAACGAACCUGCGAGAAGCCACAGCGGUCCUGAGACUGACUCAGCUGGCUCACAAACAGCUCAUCUGCUUUACCAAUCAGCAGGGGAAACUUCAGGUACAAGGAUGUAGCAUCGGCAGUGGAGUCAAAUCAGUGGAGUUGUUAACCCCCCUCCCCUCCCACAUCCUGUCUACAUCUAUGGACAUCCUUUUCUGGAACUGAAUAUAUACCUGAAUAAUUAAAUAGUAUGUAUUAGGCCUAUAGCGAGUCACUACUUUAAAUAUAGGGGAUAAGCAUCUAGUAGACCAGCUGGACUUGUUUUUCUUUUCUUUUGUUUCUGUUUUCCUGUGUCUCUUCUCUCUGGACAGGUUGUAAAGGGUGACAGACAGUUCUGUGUCCAUUCAUCCAUAUUAAGAAGUGCCACCAAUCCCUAGGAUGGGUUAUUAUUGUUGCUUUUUUACUCUUGUGUUUACGUGCUAUACAUUUCUGAAGUGAAACCAAAAUCUGUCACCAUGAAUGUGUGAUGUACAAAGAUGGUGGAUCCCAUUAUUCUCAGCCUCCUAUAAAAGUACUGAAUCAAUAUUCAAGCUAAGGCACAAAGAAUCGACCUUGACGUUCAAUUUUACAAUUACUAAUCCUGAAUGAAGGGAACGAGGAGUAUGAUUCUGCAGACUUUAAUUGUAUAGGGUGUGUAUGGUAUCAUUGUCAGUACUCUCCCUGGAUCCAUAACAAUGGAGUGGCACUCGAUUGCUGUCUCGCUGAAUCAUCGGGUCCUGCUUGGCUAUUGGUUGAGCUGUGCUAUCAGCCAAUCCCCCUUUGUCGUAUCCUCAGACAGACCCAGUGCGGUUUGAUUGAAAGUAGCUGAAAAAAAAGGGCAAGUAGCCUAUCUAGUGUGCCUUUGCAAUCCCUCUUCCCUUUGAUGGUUUCUUUCUUUGUCCUUAUCUUCAGCACACCAGUGGUUAAGUCUCUGUUCACAAUCCAGCUUUGAGGGUCAACAGCAGCAAAUACUGAGAGAUACAACUUCACAAACUUGCCCUAGUAAUAACAGAUGCAGCCUAGGGAGCACCAAGCAGAGUGAAUUAUCCGUGGUGAGAAAGCAAUCCCAUGUCACGGGACAAUGUACUGUAUAUUCUGUAAUCAGUCUUGUUUUAUAUUGUACAUACAGAUAGAUAUACGCACAUGAUGUCAUUUAAUUUAAUAAAUAAGGGUAUGUGAGGAGAGAGAUUUCCCCCCUUACAAAUGAGCCAAAUGGGAAACCCAAACUUGAAUUUAAACCCUGUACUUUUGGUACACAUGUUGUGUUCUCAGUUAAUUCAUGUGAAACAAAUAUUAUCAUAUAAUAUAUAGAACAAAUAUGAUCUUUUUUUCUGUCCAGAGGAAGAUAUCUUUACAACUAUUGGCCAAAUUCUCAUGAGAUGUUGGAUGUAUGGAUUUUAUUGAUCCUGUGAGAAUAAUUUAUUUUCAUUAAAGUGACCCAGUGACCUUUCCCGAAGCAUCACCAGUGAUGGCUCAACAUUUUCCCUUGACCAGCACUUUGGUCAAUAAUAAUGACAAGUCAUCUUGAAAGUCACUGCCAUAUUUCCACAGAAUCUGCCAUGAGUAUUUAUAGUCAACACAUGAUGAAUAUUUGGGUAUGCCCUGACCUUUAAUCUGAAACACCAUCCACCUAAAACUAAAUCUUAUAUACAUACAUUUUAUUUUCAUGAUUCUAUGGCCUUUACUCUCAGGACAAACUUAACAAUUUAACCUCCACUACUGGUUCUAUUAUUACAGCCUGUAAUGAACAUUGCUUUUCUAUCUUAGCCAGUAGUGAAGUUUUAGUGUUGUUUCACUUACAAAUCAGAAUUUUCACACUAAAGUAAAACCUUAACAUUAAAUUAUUUAACCACAAAAGUUCUGUAAACCAACAUCUGUCCAAAAAAGAAAAACAUGUGGUUUGACUUCACACGUGGGCUUUCCCUUGUGACUCAACUGUAAGGGAAUUUUAGAAAAAAUGCCUUUUAUAUUCAACUAGAGACAACAGUUCGUAUUUGACCAGGGAAGCUACUGUGUGUGUGUGUGUGUGUGUGUGUGUGCGUGCGUGCUUGCGUGCAUGCAUGCAUGUUUGUGAAUGUGUGUGAGCGCGUAUGUGUGGGUGUGUGCAUGUAAAUUCAGUAUAAGCCCUUGGGCCACACCCACACAUUCUCAUGUUAGCCAUUCAAUGAGUGAGAAGGAUCCAGUCAGGCAAAGUAACCUCUAUCCAAAUUGAUAUGACUGCAGACUGGCAGUGUUUAUUUUCAUUUUCAUUGACUUACAUGCUUAUUGAACCUGGCUUCACAGGCGGCAGUCUUUUUUUUUCUUUUUUUGGGUGUUUUUUUUUUUUUUUUUUUGCUUAAGGGGGUGGCAUCUCAAGACAAAGCACGUCCAUAAUUCAUAACCAUCGUCAGCUCUGGAGGCCACUCGUACCCUCUCUUCUUGCUCUUGCUGUCUCUUAACCCAGUAUGCACGUGGCCCUGGGUGCACUGAUGGCAUCUCAAGGCACACACAUAUUCAUACACAAUACAAACAGGUAAAAGUUGUAUAUACAAACACACAUGGAACAUCCAGGUGCACAUGGAAACACAGGUGUGUGCUUCAAGCACAUUCACAGUUGCACAUGCAUGCACACACACACACUCACAAACACACACACAUUUUGCACAAAUAAAAGCCCGAACAGCAAUCCUUGUUAUUUCUGCUCCUUCAGAAUCAAUUUGAUGGAUUGAAUGUCUGGAGGUAUUACGACUGACUGAUGGAACCAGGAUACUAAAUGCAGCACAGACAGGGACACUUUACACUGCAUCACCCAGGGGACAUCUGCACGCACACACACAUAUACAAAAACAGCUACUGUAACAACACACACUUGCAUGCAGACACACAUGCACUCAGAGAGACAGACACUGCUAUGCAUCUUAAAAAUCUAGGUAGCAUAUGCUUCAAGACUUUUUUCAUGAGAAUCUGCAAGAGAAGCACUGAGAAUCAGGAGAGGUAUAACAGGAUUGAUAUUGAGCCAGGGCUGUAGGCUCCUGCCAUUGAAAUUCCCUCCACCAAAGAUGAAAGUAGCAGUGGAGGUGGAGGAUGGGAUGCAAGUCUUCCAGCUGUUUAAUUCCUCCAAGCUUUUUGAUUUGCUUUCCAGCAACUGCAAGUCUCAGGUGGCAGAUUCCCCAGUUUAUGAGCCCUCGCAUUGCAUCUCUCCUCUCAUGUGUGCAGCUUUAUGGCCUGACAAACUUGCGCUCUUUCCAACAAAUGAAUUUAAGGAGCUUUUGUCAGUUCAGUAGAGAGUGGAGAAAGAAAGUCUUAACACUCCUCAGAGUGUCAGCAGCACAUCCGAUAUCAUUCUUUAAACAGUAUCCAUCAGCACUAUAUAUUGUCUUAUUAUCAACGCUCAAAGGUGCAGUAAACAUGAUUACAUCAUUAAUGGUUAUCCUGCGUUAUAUGAUAGGAGUAUGAAUCUCAUGUAGCCACAAUGUUUUAUGUUCUAUUAAGCAGUUUUAUUUUGGAUUAAAGCUGCUGAGCAGGGCAAAGUGAUGCUCAGACUUUGUGGUUUGGCCUUGUGUCUCAGUAUACAGGAAUGUGAUGUAUCGUUACUUUUAAGAGAGGAGAUGGAUGGGGCUGAAGUCAACCUCAAGAGAGAAAGCAAAGGUACCUGCAUGUCAUAGGAGAUUGAGCAGAUGAACGGGAAUGCUUUGCUUUGAUGUAACAUAACUGUAUUCGGCUAUAAGAAAAAAAGAAAAAAAAAAAAUCUACAAUUGUAAAUAUAUUCACAGAAAAAUUUUAUGAAGCUUUAUUUUUGUCUUCUUCUUUAUUUAGAUUUUUUUCAUCCACGUACUUUGCACUUUUUUGUGUGCUAUGCUCAUCACCGGCCUGUGUGGGAUCUGCGUGGUUGGCUGUUUCUCUUGACUGCAUUGUUUUGAUGUCAGGGGGAGACACGCUCAGUACGGUGUUACUAAAGGGAAAUAUAAGACACUUUGGUUUUCUUUACUCUCAUCUGUUUUUUCUGCCGUGGCUUCUCUUUGGUUUUGUAAAACAGUACAGAAGUUUUUUGUUUGUUCGUUUGAUGAAAACAAUCCAUGUAAAUAUCACAAGUAAAAAAUGUAUAUUUUUACGACUUCUGAGUUAUUACUCUUUCAUUUGCAAAUAAAAUAUUCAAUGACAACUUAA